AGAUGUGAUUGCGAUGGCAGGGCGACGAGGUCGAUAGUGUACUAGCGUGGAAGGAAAUGGAAGUGGUAGCAAGUCACUGACCACCACUCACCGGAUCACCGAAUCCAUGCCGUUGAAACAAUGUGCCAGUGGUGAAGUUCGGGCAAUGGAUUGAACGGCGUCGAUCUCAUCGAGUCUCUUCGAGUUCCCACGAAACCAAACCAUGUAAUGCGGCAAAUUUGAGCUCUGCCACCUUUAAUGCAAGUAGAUUCCCAACUUGGCACCUGAUUCGGUAACCCUUUCAUGGAGCACACUUUUGUGAGGGCAUGGUCCUAAUCGCAAACUGUCGAUAAUUGCAAUUUGCAAAAGAAUUCCUCAUCUCGCAUCAACAAUGCCUCCAUUGAUGCUCCGUGAAGUUCAACUCGGUGCAGCGUGUGCACAAUCGUUGAGCAACUUGUGCGGAGCUGGCUUCGUUCAUCUCUCCUUACAAGACGAGGUUUGAUUUCUAUGCCUGCUUUCUCUUUCGGGUGUAGGUCUUAUCAAUCGCAAGCAGAUCGAAGCUUUGGCAAAGUGUAGCCUACCGGGCACAAAUUGCGCGUCGAAUUAUUUGGUUUUUUGUUCCGUAUUCAAGUUCUCCGCACCUGAAUUGUAUGUAUCAACUAACUUUGGAGGAUUUGAAGGUUAUGCUAAAUGCGAUGAUCUGCCUUUACUACCAUAUUUAUCUGAACUGGAUUUAGAUGCAUUCGUAGAGGCAACCGUGAGGGAGCUCCCUAACCUUGUCCAGAGCCGUGUGGAGUUGAUGCUGUCUUUUUGGAGGAAAUUGGCGGAAUGUGCACAAUGGCAUCGAUCCAAAGAUGUUGCACAUCCCAAGCAGCUUCUGUGAGCAAAUCUCGUCUGUUGGCUCUGCAGUUCAACAAUUUUUCUUAUGCUUUGCAGGUUAAUGGUACCCGCGUUCAAAAACGACUUCAAGUAAGAUGCUCAAUCCAGGAGGGAGAGAGAAUGAACAUGAAGAACGGGGAUUUGAUGCUGUCAAAGCCAUCGAAAGAAAUCGAUGCCGACAAGGAUUUAGAUGCGGCCGUAAAGCCAUUGGAAGUACCCAGACCCAAAGAAGCCAAGAAAACCCUAGAAGCUGCGAAGGAGAAAUUCGGUGAAGAGACAGUGACAAGACAAUUUCAGGAAUCAACAAGGGAAUUGGAGAAACAAGGAACGACCAAGAUUGCAUUGUUGUGUGGAGCUGCCACGUUUGGAUUUAUCAUCUCUGGGACCCUGCUUACUUCUCUAGAGGUUUUUCCCUUGGUCCCCGAGGCCAUGCAAUUAGUGGGGCUGGCAUACUCAGUGCUAGUUGUCAGCCGUGUGAUUCGAGAAGAACCAGAGAAGUUCAAAGUGUCACCAGUUAGAGCUGUUAUAGAGAUUUUAGACGAAGGGGAAGAGAAGACCAACCUCAUGCUGCCACGAGAUUUGGAUGAGGGAACUGUAGCAGCAAUGGAGCAGCUGGUGCGGGAACGUGACAUUGCUGUAAACCAAAGGGAGGAGAUGAGGCGGCAAUCUCUCAUAUUGUCUCAAGUUCGUGUUGAGAAAGAAGCACUUGAAGUAGUGGCGUUGCAGCUCGCGGAGGAGAGAGAGAGGGCUGUGUCGGAGGCGAAUGGUUUGAAGCGUACCGUUGAGUCGAUAAGUGAGAGAAUGAAAGGCGUAGAGGGGAUACUUGAAAUAGAAGUUGAUCAACUAAAAAAGCAGAAACAGAUACUGGAAACUGUGGCAGGGCAACUUGCCCAGGAACGGAACGUUGCCAUUGAGGAAGUUGACAAACUAAAAGCGAGGUCAGAGGCCGAGAAACGGGCACUGGAGGAAGUUGCAAUGCAGUUAGCGAAAGAGAGAGAUGAUGCACUAGCGGAGAUUGAAAGUGUGAGGAACAUCUUAGCUAACAUGCAAUCAAUCUCAGCCUCUGAGUAGCCCCAUGUUCGCUGAAAACAUUAGCAGACUGAACGGGAUCGAUUCACAGUAGUGUGAUGAACAUCCACCACCUCAACUAGACACGAUCAAUCCCGUCUUGCAAAUCAUGAACCAGAUCAAGGAUUAGAUAACUGGCCAGCUUCCGGGCCCUAAAAUAUAGCCAAGUGUCCUAUUCAGUCUUACAAAUGUAGAAUAUCGUCCUGCUUGGGUGUUCAAUAGCUGUGUUAUGGAUUGUAUCGGAUAUGUGUGAGCGGUGGCACGUGAGCUCAUCUUGACCACUAGCUACAAAAGUAUUGAAACUUGCCAAUACUGUUGCCAUCAUUUUUCUUCAGUGAAAUGAAAGUUCACAAGCAAGAACUGUACUCACAGUGGACUAGUUCUGAUAAUCUAUGUACAGUUGUCUAGUUCAGUAAAGGAGCCCUUAUUUGA